UCUCAAGCGUUGCAGUCGCUUUCCAUGCGGACUCCAAUUUAAAGCCAAAAAACGUUUUAGCCUCGUCUUCUCGUCCCGUGUAUAUAUUUAUUUUUUGGCCAACAUCUGCGUGUUCGCCAAUAGAUUGGCGUGAAAGUGGUUCAGAUCAAUCCCAAAAUAACUCAGGAUACGGCUUCAGUGAUUGCAAUUGUCGAGCACAGUAAUCGAGGAGUUGCACAGCCUUCAUUAUGUUUCUCACAAAGAGUUCAAGUGCGCGGCACUCGCUGCUGCUGCUUCUGCUGGCCCUCUGCUGCCUGUCCAGUGCCUUUGGUGCCAAGAUAACCAAGAAGGUGGUGAAGGUGCCCACGGAGAAUGGGGAAAAAUCAGAGGCGGAGUCGGAUGCAGCUGCUGUUGCUGAUGCAGCCCCAGCUGAGGAGGCAAACGAUGAAGAUGACGAGGAGGAUGACGACGACGACGAUGACGAGGAGGAGGAGGCGGCGGCGGCUUCUGCAGACAAAGAGGCAGAAGCAACGACUGCGACUUCAGGCAACCACAAGAACCCCAAUGCAGUCCAGGCCUCUACGGAUCCCACAGAUCUCAGUGUCUGGGGUAUGGUGCGUACUCUUUGGGGCUGGCUGCGCAGCGAUCUGAGUGAAAGCCUAUUCGGCGACGAUGACGACAGCGACGACGGAAAGCCAGCGUCCGGCAGCUCAGCUGUGGAAGGUCGUACCUUUGGCAAGAUUCGUCGCCUGCAGAUGGCUCUGAUUCCCAUCAUCUUUAAGUUUGGAGUGCUCUCUGCCAUGGUUGCCUUUUUGGUGGCCAUUGGCAUGAAGUCGCUGUUCCUGCUCAAGGUCCUGGUGGUGAUGAAUGCCAUCGCCAUUCUGGGCAAGUUCAUCACCCUGAAGUCUAGUCUCUUUGGGCAGUACGAGCACACGGCGCCGUCGUUCAACUAUCCCGGCUGGAACCCGCAUGCCAAGGAGUCGUGGGGCAGCACUGGAGUUGCCAGCGGACCCGGUGGCCAUCCGCCCAGCAAGGAGAUUCACCUGCACAUCCAUGGCAAUGCCCAGACCCAGGCUCAGCUGGCCGGUCAGGGCUACCAGUACGAGUCGCAGACCGGCGGUUGGGCCAGUCGUUCGGAUCCCUACGGAGCCUACGCUCCCACGGGCCAGUUCUCGACGGAUGUUCAGCAGCCGGAGGCUGGAGUGGUCCGAGAGGGUGUGCCCAACACCACGGAUCCCAUGUCCCUGCUGCCAACGAAAUACCGAGCGAGGACCUUCAUCCGAUGAGGAUUAAGUUAGGAGAGAGCUGUUCCAAAUGGGUUCCGCAUGGAAGUCAACGACCACCGCUAGCACACACACACACCUUUAGUCAGCGACUUUUCGAGGACGCAGCUUUACGUACACCUAAAACUCUAGAGUUACGAGCUUAGUUUUUAAUUAAAUUAUUUGCCCCAAAGUAGCCUUAAAUGAUUGAUAAUUUGUAAUAAAUAGUAUAAUAAUAUAAA